CGAGACCAUAGUUGUGAGUUCGUGCCACUUGGUGUUUUUGAAUCGCGCAUUCGUUAUAUUUGAAUUAUUGUUAUACGGCCGGAGUGAUGUCUGGGAAUAGUUACUGUAACUAGAGGUGUGCAUGUGUCAUUCAGUGUUGUCGCGUACCAUUCCAUGGGAUUAAUGUUUUUUCUUGUUGUGAGGGGUAGUGCGCGAGCAACUUAGUCAGAGGAGCAGCGCCCCUCCUAGUAGAAUAAUCCUGUUAGCAAUGUCCGAGCACCAUCGGGGGGCUUGGGGCGCGCGAGACGAAGCGAUGUGGUGGCCCGGUGCUAUCGCCGCCGACCAGCAGACACUUCAGCAUCAUCAGCAUCUUCUGCAUCAGCAGCAGCUCGCUGUUCAGCAGCAGGCGCAGAUCGAUGCGGCCAACAGUUCGGCUUCGGCCACCCAGCAGCUGUUCAGUUAUAAAAUGGCCAGCAGUUUUCAGAAUCCCACGACGACGGUUUCUAACGCCACUUCCACGUCUCCUGUCGGGGCGGCCGGUAUCCGCGGCUACGAUUACGGGAUGACAGGUGGGAAUCCGACGAUGUCCGCACCUGCCCCCGCCGCCCAGUGGUGGUACCCUCCCGGAAACGUGGACAAUAUGCAUAACACCCUCCUCAAUGCACAGAAUUUGCAGAAUAAUAUGCAACACAUGCAGCAGCAACAGCAAUCGCAACAGCAACAUCAGCAACAACAACCUCAACAAAAUAUGCCACCUGUACAGACUCCCCCACCUCCGCAAAGCGAAUCUCAGAACCGUCAGGAAGAAGCUCAACGGCAACAAGAAGCUGUUAAUAGACAACAUCAGGAGGCCGUUCAGAGACAGCAGGAGGCUCAUAGGCAGCACCAGGAAGCGCAGCGGCAACACCAGGAGGUCCAAAGGCAGCACCAAGAGGCGCAGCGACAGCACCAGGAGCGGCAACAGGAAGUUCAAAGACAACACGAAGCUCAGAGGCAGCAGCAGGAAGCGCACAGGCAACACCAGGAGGCCAUCCAGCAGCACCACCAGGCUAUAGUCGAGGCCCAGGCUAGACAGCAGCAACUGCAGCAACAGUUGCAGCACAGUCAGCUGCAGAAUAACCAACUGCAGAACAACCACCAACAGCACCAACAGGUCUUGCAGCAGCACCAGCAGAUAACUUCGCAAGCACCACUUCCCCCAAAAGGUAGAAUGCCGCGUGCAAAAGCCGACGCCAGACCAAGGGGCCGUAUGACCGCCUACGCGUUCUUCGUGCAGACGUGCAGGGAAGAGCACAAGAAGAAACACCCCGAGGAGAACGUCGUCUUCGCCGAGUUCUCCAAGAAAUGCGCGGAGAGAUGGAAGACAAUGUUGGACAAGGAAAAGAAGCGUUUCCACGAAAUGGCCGAGAAUGAUAAGAAGCGCUACGAUACCGAGAUGCAAAGCUACACUCCACCAAAGGGUGAGAAGCAAAGGGGCAAAAAGAGGAAGCAAGUGAAGGAUCCUAAUGCUCCAAAACGAUCAUUAUCUGCAUUCUUUUGGUUCAGCAACGAUGAGCGUGCCAAAGUAAAGGCCCAAAAUCCGGAGUAUGGGGUGGGCGACAUUGCUAAAGAAUUGGGUAGAAGAUGGGCCGACGCUGAUCCAGAGGCUAAAGGGAAAUAUGAGGCGCUGGCCGACAAAGACAAAGCUCGUUAUGAAAAGGAGAUGACUGCAUAUAAGAAGAAGAACAACCCAGCCAUGCAACAAGCAGCUGCCCCAGUACCUGAAGCAGAAGAACCAGAGGAGGACGAGGAGGAGAACGAAGAAGAUGAAGAUGAGUAAGCUGUAAUAUACCUCAUUCAGUCGCCUUCUCAUUCCUCUAUUGUAAAUAUACAUAUUAGCAGUGUAUUUCGUUCUUUCACAUAUUUUUUUUUAUCCAGAUGUGUGUACUUACAAACUGACAGACAGUGUGUGAGUGAUGUGCAAGAGCGCCUCAUUUGUAUCUCAUCCUACAUCCACCUCAUUUAUUUAAUUUUCAGUUUAAACAAAAAAGUGUGUAGUGUAUUUUUACUAUUCGAAUUUGAUUCUUCCUCGCGCUGUCUCAAACUCAGGAUGGUGCAACGGGUUUGGAAAUUUCUAAGCAGCCACCAGAAACGAUUUAUGUAUUUUUUGUACGAUUUAUUUUUUUAAAUAGUUAAGACCGGUAUUAACGAUGUCACCAACAGAUGUUUAAACGUUGCGACGUUGUUACUAUUUCCUUUUUACGUAUGUAAUCUGUGGGUUGUAAAUGGAUCCUCUUCCAUGAAGUUUUACCAUUUUAUCCGUUGAUCCCUCUUAAAUUCCUUUAUUUUCUUACAUUUUAAAGAUUUUACACUUGCUUUUUAUUCUUCCCGAGUGUCGAUGCGGUUCAUUUACAACCCCUUAGAAGUCUGCGAGCUGCCAGUUAUUUAUUUUUAAAGUAACAAAUUUUUAAGUUGUAAGUAUCACUUAUAGCGUAAUGUAUCUGUUUACCCCUAUAGUAUAAGCAGAGCAGACUAUUUUUAUUGUCAUUUAAAUUGUUAAUAGUUGAUGGGUUAAACCAAAGUAGGGGGGCGCCGGUCCCUUCGCACCUGUAUAUUUAAAUAUGGACAAUACUUUCAGAUGGUGUUACUUAACCUGUUGAACAAAAACCGUUUAACGAUCGCCACAGCCGAUAGUUUCUUUUUUUAUUUCAAAAGCAUGCUUGGAAAUACCGACAUCAACGAUACUGCAGGCAGUUUUCCAGUAAAAAAAAGAAGUGCUACUGUUCCAAAUGUGUUACUUGAUUUCUAUAUUUCCAGCCAUGUUUACAUCGUAUCGCAGUUUUGAGUUUUAUUGGGACGAUUCAUAAAAUCGCGGAUCUAGGAGAUAAACAAAUAUUUUCUUAUUUACUUCUAUUAACUAUUAGGCGUUUUUAAUUUUUUACAAGUUUUUAGUUUAAACAAUUACUUUUUACAUACACAUUAUACCAUACCAAAAUGAAAAAGUUAUCCAGUUAACCAUCUAUUUAUUUAUGAAUCAUGUUUUAAAGAUAUGAAAUCAGAAGUGGGAUGAUGAUAAGGUGAAAACUAUUGAGUAAAAUUUUAAAAUAUACGUAUCUUUAUUAAAUAUACUUAACGAAUCAAAAGCGAGCGAGUUAAACGACUUUUGUUAACUCCCAACACCCGUAUUCUUAUUUUCGUGUGUGCAUAAUUUAUCAGUAAUUUAAUCUGUUAAUAUUUGUAAAUUCCCACUGUACCAUAAACUUAUAAUGGGAAUACGAAAUGUGACGUGAAAUGUUGACUUAUUAUUAUAAUUAAUUAAUGAGAUAGUUAUUUGCAUAUUAUAAUAAUUUUUAGUACUGUUAAUGUUAAUGUAUCCAUUAAAUGGACAAACAUUUCACUUCUCAUAACAAAUUGCUCUGUGUUAUUUUAGGGAGAAAAAUAGAAAGCAAUGUUUGUUUUUUAUAUCUAAUAGGGAUAACUAAAAAAAAAUUAAUAAAAUUUUCAGUAAAA